GUAACAGAGUUAUAUUGAAACCGUUUCGUGUAUUACUGGAUUGAGUAACCAUGACAGGAUACGGAAUAUUCGGCCCCUUGGUAGGUGCCAUUGAUGAAGGCACAUCAAGUGCUCGUUUUAUAAUUUUUAAAGCUAAUUCGAGCGAGGUUGUGGCUUAUCACCAAAAAGAGCUCAAGCAACAUUUUCCACAAGAAGGAUGGGUGGAACAGGAUCCAAUUGAUAUCUUAGAAGUUGUUAAGACAUGCAUUGAAAAGGCAGUAGAAAAAUUGGUUUCGUUGGGCGGGAAACCCAAGGACAUAGUUGCAAUUGGUGUGACAAAUCAGAGAGAAACCACUAUUGUAUGGGAUAAAGACACUGGCAAGCCAUUACAUAAUGCAAUAGUCUGGCUGGAUAUGAGAACAUCUUCCACAAUUGAUAAACUGCUGGAUACUGUUCCAAACAAGACUAGGAAUAAGAAUUAUUUAAAGCCUUUAUGUGGUUUACCGUUAUCGCCAUACUUCAGUGCUGUGAAACUACGUUGGUUAAUUGAUAAUGUAGAAAUAGUAAAAAAAGCUACAAAGAAAGGUACUUGUUGCUUUGGCACUGUUGAUACGUGGAUCAUAUGGAACCUUACAGGUGGUCCUAAUGGAGGAAAGCAUGUAACUGAUGUCACAAAUGCGUCGAGAACAAUGUUGAUGAACAUUGAAAAUUUAAAUUGGGACCCUCUUCUAUUAAAAUUCUUUGAAAUACCUACAUCAGUGCUCCCAGAAAUCAGAUCUAGUUCAGAGAUUUACGGUUACAUUGCUGAAGGCCCUCUUAAAGACAUUCCUCUCUCUGGUUGCCUAGGAGACCAACAAGCUGCCCUGGUUGGUCAAAUGUGUCUUCAAAAGGGUCAAGCUAAAGCGACGUACGGGACUGGAUGUUUCGUAUUGUACAAUACUGGUGAUAUUCGCGUUACUUCUAGUAGAGGAUUGCUUACUACUGUAGCUUAUCAGUUAGGGAGUAAGAGUCCACCACAGUAUGCAUUAGAAGGCUCGGUAGCAAUUGCUGGAGCAGCACUCGGUUGGCUAAAGGACAAUGUUGGCUUAAUGGAAAAUGCUAAGGAUUCCCAAGAAAUUGCUGAGAAGGCCACUGAAAAUGGGAGUGUAGUUUUUGUACCAGCUUUCAGUGGUUUAUAUGCUCCAUAUUGGCGACAAGAUGCUAGAGGUGUUAUUUGUGGAAUUACAGAAGACACAAAUUAUUCGCAUAUUGUGAAAGCAGCACUCGAAGCUGUAUGUUAUCAAGUACGAGACAUACUCGAUGCAAUGAACGAGGACUGUGGAAUUCCACUUCAGCUUUUAAAGGUGGACGGGGGUAUGACGUCGAAUAGUCUCGUCAUGCAAAUGCAAGCAGACUUAACCGGUAUAAAUGUUAUUCGAGCGGAAUUCACAGAGAGCACAGCGCUAGGCGCAGCGUUGGUGGCUUAUUGGAGUAUCGACAGUACUCAGCAGGGAGUCACUAUCCCUGUUGGUAGUGGUAUUACUUAUGUACCACGUAUCAGUGACGAUGAAAGAGACAUGAGAUAUAAACAAUGGAAAAUGGCCGUUGAAAGAUCAUUGGGCUGACCAAAACUGAAAACAAAUGAGAAUGUUGCCGCUCCAGCCGCCAGUUUAGUUAUAUAAAACGUGCAUAAUUUUGUUCUUUAGUAAAUGCAUAGUAUAAUAAGACAAGUAUGGUAACGCAUAAUCUCAAGAUGCACUUGCGUUGCAUAACACUGUUCAUCCCAACACACGUUUAUUAUUAUGUAAAAGUAUGCAUUUGAACACGGCGUGAGACGGUUGUGCACACAUGCAAGCCGCGCUGUUAGUUUGUAUAGAGGUAUCAUACUUCUCUUAUUUUACUAUGGUAAAUGUCUCGUUGUUUGUUAGGUUUUCCAUACGGUUGUUUGAUAUUAUUGUUUUUAGAUUUGUUAUCUAUACAUACUUUUAACUUUUUUAAUUAGAUUUCUAUAAUUCCCAAGUAUAUAUAGAGGUUAGUUAGUUAUAAUAUAGAGGUUUAGGUAUUAUAAUAACUUUCAUUUAACUGUAUGACGCUGCGAGUUAUGAUUAUUUUUCUAUGCGAACUUUCGGCGACAUUUUUUGCUAUUGUUGUUAGUAAUAUUAUUUUGUUUUUGACACUGUACUGUAAAGAAUCAAGCUCAAUCCAAAAAACAAUAUCUUUUGUUUAGAAUAAUGCUCAUGUUUUGAUUUCUUGAUUACUUAAACCAAACUGUGACGUAAUUUUGUUUUGUCUUUGCUUAUGCGAAUUUUUAUAUUCUGAAGGUAGAUAGAUAUUCUGCACGACAAAGACCCGCGAAAGAUUUUAGCCCCAAUUGUGUUACUCCUUUUAUAUGUGCUCAU